ACAGUGUAAUCCUGCGUUGCUUCCUCCAUCUGUAAGAAGCAUCUCUUUCUGGGCACAUUGUAUCACUAUUAUUCAGGCCAUUAUAAGCUCUGUCCCGUCCAGCAUUUUCUCCGUUACACAUCGCCGGUUUGCAGAUCGUCUUUGAGGAUGAAAAGAGCGAGGUUGGCCGUGGUUUUGAGCGUGCUUUUGGCAAGUGUCUUCCUGUCUGAAGCAGCGCGGAGCAGGAAAGACUCCAGCAGCCAGAACAGCUUCAGGAGGGCGGCCAGCGGCUUCUACCAAACCCUCAGUAAUGUCUUCGGAGAGGAUAACAUCAGGGCUCUCUACAAGUUCUUUUCAAAGACCACAGAGAGGUUUGUUAAUGGAGUUGAUUCAAUAUUGGACACCUUGUGGAAACUCUGGGUGGAUCUGCUGGAUGUUAUGGGGAUUGACUCCUCUAACCUGACUCACUACUUCAGCCCAUCAUCCGUAUCCAGUUCUCCGGCUCGUGCUCUCCUUCUGGUGGCAGCCUUGCUGGUAGCUUACUGGUUCUUGUCCCUGUUCCUGAGCGGCUUCUUUUACAUCCUCCAUGCUGUGUUUGGCCGUUUCUUCUGGCUUGCCCGUGUGGCACUUUUCACUCUCUCAUGCCUGUACGUUCUACAGAAGUUUGAGGGCGACCCUGAAAAGGCGGUGAUACCGCUGUGCUUCAUCAUGGCAGUGUACUUCAUGACUGGACCGGUAGGAGCUUACUGGUGGAAAGGGGGCGGAGCCGGAACUCUGGAAGAGAAGAUUGACCACCUGGACACCCAGAUCCGACUUCUCAACAUUCGUUUGAGCAGAGUGAUUGAAAACCUGGAACGCUCUAGUGACCAAUAAAGGGACGGGAUUUUGCCGCAGGCUAACAGUGUAUCCUAACCAAACGCGAUGCUAUACCUUUCCGGCGACAAGCAAUUUGUCUGUCCACACUGAAUGCGAAACUGCGGUGCGACAUGGCACAAUCACAGCCAAUCAGAACAUAUUUGAUGUUAAAUAUACAGUUAUGAGGAGUGGCAUUUUGGACCACUGAGAGUUCACAGGUGGCAAGGCCACAGAAAAUAGAAACCAAGUGAUCAACAAAAUGUUGCUGUCGUAGCUGGUUUGGACAAAAACUCUGGCUAACAUGGAAGUAAUACUUUUUAGCGCUUGUCACGUUAUUGUGUCGCGUCUGGUUAGGACAUAAUGUCAAAGCUGCGGUUAAGAUUAGGUGAGAAAAAAAAUUACGAUCACUUCGAUUCCUUUUUUGCCCCUUUUUUCUCAGGAUAUCCCAGCAUCUUCAAUGCCAAUAGACCUUUUAGUCAGGCAAGAAUUGUUUGUGAUUCGAUUUUCUUUUUCGACAUGAACAAUAACAGCUAGUUCUGAUAUGAACCCUCUUAUUUUGUAUGUACUUUUAAUUCGCAAGUUGAUAGACUGAAGAAAGUUUCCAUUACAUUUGCCAUAUUGUAGUAGAAUGUAUUAUUAGAGUCCAACAUCCACUGUAGCUGCCCAUUUCUCUAAGUAAAUAUCAGGACGUUUUUGUAUACUGUGGAUCUGUGUGUAAUAGCAACUCAGUGUCUGCAAGGGUUUCUUGGCCUUGAGUUGAGUGUGUUAGUCCAUUGCGCAGUGUUUUGUCAUUGUUUGCUACACACACCCGUAAGUGUGUUUGUCUGUGUAUAUUUAUUCGUCAUAAAGGCAAUGCAAUUGAGAGUUGAUUCGGAAACACUCAAAGUGUGAAGGAUAAUAAGUAUCACUUCAUUUGUCUCAUUGAAUCAUAAGGUCACCAGAGGUCACUCUGAGUUCAGGACCGAUCAGCACUAUCAGGGAUAGAGAUGUAUGUGGAAAUCACGUUCAGAAAGCAGCUAGUCAUCAAUGUACAUGGUUUCUCUGUCCAAAUUUUCAUGUGGUAAGAUAAGUAUGAGCAGGGUAAAACCUGGUCAUGCAUUUUGUUCUCAGCAUGAGCUCAUGAGUAACAUUGAAUCUGAUUGGUUUUUGUUAGGUUAAUUGUAAUUUUAUCAAUUGAAGUUGUGGCUAUACUGUGGAUGCAAUGCUUUUCUGUGUAUUAUACAAUUUUCAUAUGUAUGCAUAUAGAAAGGGAUCAAUUGAAUAUUUAUAUAAUCCCACUACUGAUAUGAUGAUCUAAUAGUUAGUGCUGCUUAAUUGUUUUUGUAAGAAAUGUGUGUGUGUGUGUGGUUCACUGCACAUUUUGUUUACUAGAUAAGCCCUCUAAAUUCUCAAUUAUCUAUUGACCAGCUUACUACUGUUCUAGGUUGUCAUAUUAUUUAUUAUUCAGUUAUCAUAUGAAUCAAUCUAACUUGUGCAGUCUCAUUGAGAAUUCACUCCUUCCUGUUUGUUUUAAUGUCCAUUCCACUUUUUGUCUUUUGCCUUAUCAUGCUCUUAUAAUUACACACCCUUCUUAAAGGUGCUGUAAGCGAUUUUAGCUUUUCUAGAAUUUCCACAAGUUGAGCUGUUGGAUUAGCCACACCCCUUUCUCCAAACACAACACUCCAAAGACACCAAAUGAGCUUUAUUAAGACUGUCUGGAGUAGAAGCAGUUGUCAAAAACAACAGCAGAAAAAUAGCGCCCUCAACUGACUGCUGUUAUGAGCAACAUGGCAUAAAAAUGGCAUUAAGCCUCAGUAAUUCGCUGCAAAUACAAUACUAUGAGAACGCGCAAAAUGAUUGACGGGCAGAAAGUGUCAUUGGACGCAGCCCACAGACACAUUUUUGUUUGCCGUUUACAGAGUCUAGAGCUGUCACAGAGACAGGUGAGAUGUCUCACGACACUUAUUUCAUUAAUAUUUUUCUGGGAGUAGGACAAUUUUUUGUAUAUCUUUCCAUGAAAAAAGCACCUUUGUUUUCACCCUGCUCAAAAGAUGAAAUAUUAUUGUAAUUUGACAAUUUUUUAAAUUGUCUUUUUACUUUUAAAAUAUAAAGUACAUUUUUCUUUAAUUUAUUAAACAUUAAUAUUCCUAUAUUUAAGUAAAUACUUUGGAAGUCAAUUUUCACAUUUGAAGACUGGGAACAUUUCAUGUGCCGUAUUGAAAACAAUUGUGUAGAUUUUCAAAUCAGUGUUACUAAUUUUCAUUUACUUAAUUUCUUCUAAAUUAUGUUUUGUUAGUAUAGAUGUCUCCAGCCUGCUGUUGAUUGCGAUAGUUAUGUGAUGCACUAAUGUCAAGAAGGCCCUAUUUGUGUGUAUGUGUGAAGGAUGUUACCUGGUCUUUAAAUCAUACAAUACAAGCACCAACUUUUGUGUAACUAUCCAAAUGGCAAACACUCAUGUGUAAUUACAAAGUACCAGCAUUGUUGUAAAAGUACUGGGAACAACUAAGUAUUACACUUCUACAUUUUUUAGCAAACACUCCAUUAUAUAAAACAGGCUUGUGCCAAUGUACUCACAUUUCUGCAGUUGUAACUGUUUUGAGAAGCCACAGCAAUACACUGUGAGAUGAAUCUAUUUUUGCCGUAAUGUCAAGUGUAGGACAUGCAGAAUGAAUGUGACUUCUUUAGCAGUGCAGCCAUGAUUUGUGCUGGAAUUGCAGUGCUUUUUUUUUUUUUUUUUUCAUAUCAGAGCUAUUUUCUGUUCAUAUCAGAGCUAUUUUCCAACCUACACUUUCUUGCAAAUUAAUUUAAAUCUUGGAUUGAUACUGCAUAGUUGUGGAAUAUUGUGUUUUGUAUUAGUAUAUCAUCUGCAUUAAACAUAAGGGAAAUAUACUGAGAUAAUAACUGCAAAGAUCCAGUUUAAAACUCUCUCUCUCUCUCUCUCUUUUUUAUGUAUCCCAUUUACUGCGCCAGUGCCAAGUGUUGUGUGUUGAGGAUUUUUUAUUUGAUUGAUUUUAACAGAAAGCACUGAAUCUAUAUGUGAAGUCUAAAUGCCUAGAUUUCUAAAUCUGGUCUGCUUUUGUACUGUAUAACUUUCAUCAGGAUUGUUCAACUACAGUGUUGCUUGCUGUGGUAUUAUUUGUGCUGUCUGUGUCAUAUUUUGUGUUUAUGCAACUUGUUAAAUGAUUUUCUCUAAAAUGAAACAGUAGUCCAAAAAUUAUUUAAUAAACAGAAUAUAUGAUUU